GUGGGCCAUAUUUGUCAAUCUGAUAACGAGGAUACCUAUACAAGCCCCCAGCAUCUUCUACUGGGCUCCAGUCGACAUCAUAAUCCUGGGCGCUUGGCUGCUCCUUUCCAGUGUAAUGGUCUGAGUCCGCCUAAUGUCAACUUGUCCACAGGCUCUACCACUCUUUUCUGCCUUUCUUCUGGCUUUAAUUUAUCCUCAGAGGAAGGAAGAGAGGGCAUAUGCCAUAUCCUUGAUUUUGUCGAGGCCGAGUCCAGUCCAUUGACCAAAUUACUUUGUUCUGAUAAAAGAAACAGUGGUAAAGGAGAGCAGGAGAUGAAUGAUAUUGUAAUGCCAGAAAGUCUUACCUCAUGCGUUAACGGCACGUUUCAUAUCAAUCAAUCUCAAGAUGGCUUUUCUAAGUCAGAAAGCUCAAUGCUAAUAUCACCCUUAAAGCUAACUACUUCAACUACACAUGCAGCCGAUACUGGGUAA